AUGAAUUGGAUCACGAAAAUAUUGAAACGUGACGAGCAAGCAGCAGAAAAUGAACAAGCACAACAGCCCGUGCAGGUGCCCCAGGUGCCGGGCGCAGCACCCGGAACACAACCCGCCUAUACGGGUGAACAAAUGAAGAAAGCUCUGGCCGCUUACAAAGAACGCAAAAAGGCUCGUCAAAAAGCACGAGAAGAAGAGGCCAGAUAUGUGGAAUUUCGAAAAGCCGAAAUCCUGGCCAAGUUUCAUCCAACCGUUGGAACGCUGCGUACUGCGGAUGAGUUAACAAGUUUAAAUUUUGGCUUAAGCUUUUACAAGAAGAAUUUCAGAGUGGUGUUUCCGAAACGACGACGUGGAUCGAUGGGGUUCGGUGAACGAAAAGCGCAUUAUUUGUCCAUAAGACCUAAGCCGAUCUAUGCAACCUGAGCGCCACCAGUAGCACUUGCGGCCGCUGUGGAUAUGACCGAUCAUUCGGCUUUACCAGAAAGCACUAGUACGACAACGGGACAACGAGACACGACCGAUUCGAAAGGCACAGACGAAAGCACUGCUUCUGAAGACAAAUCAUUCGUAUCGCAGGCAUCGUCGUCUAAAAGUCCAAAAGCAAGUGAGUGGCAAAAGGAGAAAAGCACUGCUGUCGUCACGGGAAAAGCAAAAGAUAAAAGUGAUAAAAAGCAAUUGUCUGGAUAUGGCAAGAACGCCGCUAAUCCACUUAUCAAUGGAUUACCGUUUUGGGUGCUCUUACCACCGCCUGAUGACGAUGAUAUGACCGAUGACGAUUUACCGGUGGAUAUGGAUAUUUUGGAACAAGUCUGUACAGGCAAGAAAGUGCUCGACCCAAGACCAUUCAAUAAAACUGUCUUCGAUCCGUUCGGACCUGUGUCCAAGAUGAAAGCUGAUGAUGUGUUGUUCGAUCGUGAAACAAUAGUAUUUUCGAACACUGUCGAAUCCGUGAUUCGAUUACAACCCGAAGGUGACGAUCCACCGAAAGCGCGUACACCGCAACCAAGCAAGAUUAAAUGGGCCAAAACUAUCAGUGUCACUUCAUUCAACGUCAAAGAUCGACGACCCAAAGAGGUAGGUGAUGAUUGA